UCCACAACGCUUGUGGGAAGAAGCGUGUGAUAUUAUUCGGAAAUUACGUGCUAUGAGCGUUAAGGAUACCAUCCUUGUGCUUACUUUACACAUAUUAGUAGUUUCUAUUAGGAAUGUAGGUCGUUAACCUACUGAUUUGUGAUACUUAAAAUGCCCGGAGUUGGAACGUUACCACCGGGGACUUUUAUGGACUUUAGUCCAAGACGGAGAAGCAGCGCCGAGAAGGAAAAUGAGAUCCCGGUUUUGAGUCUGGUGCUGUUUUCAAAGGCUCCGUUUGUAUCGUUCGGGACAGUGAAGGUCGGCACCUCGAAGUCUGCUGUUCUCCGCAUUGAGAAUCCGGACGAGGACGCCGAAGUUGAGGUCAUUGUUGACAAGAUCCCGUCCGGCAAAGGCUUCUCCGUCAACCAAACCGCCUUCACAAUCCAGCCCCAGGGUGCGUUUAGCCUGACCAUAACCUGGACUCCAACAGAAGAGGGCGGAAUCAGAGAGCUCAUCAUCUUCAUCGGCAAUCGAGUCCUCAAGCACCAGGCAGUCCUGCUUGGGAGAGCCGAAGUAUCAAAAAAGAAAAAGAAGAGCUUAUGGGAUGCCAUCAAAAACAAAAGGGGAGCUGAAAAAGGAUCUCCUUACAAGGGUAAAAGGACGGAACCACCGACAAAGAUGGCUGCCAAUAAAACUGUCCAAGUGUCCAGAAAACCACAGCAUAAACGGGAUAGACUCCGUAGUCCACUUUCUUCGCUUAAUGAAGGAAAACCUGUCAGGGAGAAGUUAUUCCACAAGCACAGUCACCCUGAUGAUGACCGUCCAGAGUCAGAGCAGAACAGGGCUUUAAAUCCCACUUAUAAGCCAUGGUCUCUGGCAGACCAGGAGAACGUACGCCAUGUUCAAAUGCACUCUUCUCCAGUGUUAGCCACACAGGUGACACACAUGAGUACAGGUCCUGGUUCUUUGGUGGAAAAGCCGGAAAACAAAGUGCUUGCCAAAAUGCUCAAUACAACGCUGUCCCCUAUUGGGACGCCAGAGAGGUUCAAAGAGAUCAUGCCUCGCAUUAAAUCAGUUGAAAGUCAUGUUAUCGGAGGCCCGGCACUCUCUUUGACCGAGGCACUGGCCCUCAUUGACUCUAAUCUCAGUCCUAUCAGCAGCAGUCCCCGAGACACCAGUUCCAAUAGUGUGUUUUCCGACUCCCUCGAAUCAAAAAGCGACAAUCAUGAACGUGGAAGGAACGAGAACGUUGGCAGCCCAGAAAUGUCCCAGUCCACAAAGCACGGACUUACCUUUAGCCAGAAGGCUGUUAAGCCCGAGGCCGUGGAAAUACCUACAAAGUUGGCUUUUAAUUGUGAAACGGUGAUUAAAAAGAAGGCCCCGGCGAGUGAAAGGAAAAUAAAGAAGUCAAAGCGUCGUCUAAUGGAGAAAACUCUUGAGUUGACUGAAAGCCGCAGCCACUCUGAGUCCGGACCGGGUACCCCGUCUCUACCUGUAAUACAACCAGACUGGACGCAGAGAUCAACGGAAGCUGGUUUGUCAUGUGUCAACACAAGAGCAGUCCAAGAAUUCGAUACUUCCAGCACAACUCAAAAAGCUGAUGCCUCACCAUCACCUAUAGCUUUACCUGCCGGCACGCCGAAACCCACAAUUCAUUGGGACUUCGCCACCAAUUCCCCAACCCUCGAUGCUCCUCUCAUGACAUUCACUGCCACCUCUCCGUCAUCGUCGAACCAGUCUUCCGAACCCGACAAUCGCCUUCCCGAAUCGUCCCCAACAGAUCCGUCCGCUCAGUUGGACUCAUUUCCAAUUCACGUGGCAAGGAAGAGCAUUAAGAGGAAGAGUGAAGAGUAUUUGAAAAGUGCCUUGAAGAUCGACGCCGGUGGGAAAACGGAGCCGGUCAAAAGGACCAGAACGGUGCUUUGGAAAAAUGAACCCGCCAAACCGACACACGAGAGGACGAUGUUACAGAAGCAGCAGGCCAAAUCAACAGGUUCUGUGCACUCCAUGAAGACGUCUCUAAAAACCGCAAAAUCAUCAGUGCCUGCUCAGGCAAAGACACAAAGCACCAAACUUGCCUCGCAAGGUGCUGGCUUUCUGAGGCCCUCCCGAGAAUUUAGGGUCAAGGGUGUGAAGUCUGCAAGAGUUGCUGCUAUAGCACAGUCAAAGCUGACCUUCAUCAAACCAGCUCAAACAGCCAUACCGAGGCAUCCACUUCCUUUUGCUGCCAAGAACAUGUUCUACGACGAGAGAUGGAUUGAGAAGCAAGAGAGGGGUUUUACAUGGUGGCUCAACUACGUCCUGACCCCAGAUGAUUUUAAAGUCAACACUGAAACGACCAAAGUGAGUGCUGCUUCCCUGACCAUGGGCUGCAGUGCUGAGUUCUGCAUCGCCAAAGCGCCCACCAAAGAGGAGAUGUCCUUCAGCACUUACACCGCCCGUCGAAAGUUGAACCGACUCCGCCGAGCCGCCUGCCAGCUCUUCACCUCCGAGACUUUGGUCAAGGCCAUUAAGAGGUUGGAGAUCGAGGUGGAAGCAAAGAGGCUACUUAUCCGCAAAGACCGCCAUCUUUGGAAGGAUAUAGGUGAACGGCAAAAAGUCCUCAAUUGGCUUCUUUCCUACAAUCCGUUAUGGUUACGGAUUGGUCUUGAGACAAUCUUCGGGGAGCUCAUUUCUCUGGAGGACAACAGCGACGUGAUGGGUCUCGCUAUGUUUAUACUCCAGCGACUUCUGUGGAACCCAGACAUCGCAGCUGAGUUCCGCCACCCCAAAGUUCCUCAUCUAUACAAAGACGGCCACGAGGAGGCGCUGUCUUGUUUCACUCUGAAGAAGCUGCUCUUGCUGGUGUGUUUCUUGGACAAGGCCAAAGAGUCUCGCCUGAUGGAACAUGACCCAUGUCUGUUCUGCAUGGAUGCAGAGUUCAAGAAAAGUAAAGACCUGCUGCUCGCUUUCUCGAGAGACUUUCUAAGCGGGGAGGGGAUCCUGCCCCGCCAUCUUGGCUACCUGGGACUGCCCGUCUCCCACGUUCAGACUCCCCUCGACGAGUUCAACUUCGCUGUGGGGAAUUUGUCAGUCGACUUAAAAUGCGGAAUUCGACUUGUGAGAGUCAUGGAGCUGCUCACUAAGCAGUGGGCCUUGUCAGCCAAGCUUCGACUGCCAGCCAUCAGCCGCCUGCAGAAAGUCCAUAACGUUGAUAUCACUUUCCAAGUCCUGAAAAGCAGAGGGGUGGACCUCAAGGAUGAACUCGGCCAUGUCAUAGAUUCCCGAGACAUUGUGGAUGGACACAGAGAGAAGACAUUGAGCCUCCUGUGGAAAAUCAUUUUUUCGUAUCAGGUGGAAGUUAUUUUGGAUGACGAUCUGAUGAGGGAGGAGAUUGCCUUCCUGAGGAGAACGCUCCGGACGAAGCAGAGAUCGGCUUCUUUGAAGGCUGAUCGAGGCCCAGACUCCAGCGCGCCCAAGACCCAGGCGCCCUAUGAGCACAGCAGCACGAAGGUGGCUCUGCUGAUGGAGUGGACCCGAUCUGUGUGUGACUUCUACAACCUGAAGGUGGAGAACUUCACCGUGACGUUUUCCGACGGCCGCGUUCUCUGCUACUUGAUCCACCACUACCACCCGGGUCUCAUCCCAGAGAGGUCCGUGCAUCUUGUCACCACCCAGACUGCGGAAUGCUCGUCUCAGGGUCGCCUGGAGCUCGACUGCUCAGCCACGGAGUCGGACAACUCUUUUGACAACUCUUCCACGGGCCAAAACGGACCACAGUCCCCGUCCGUGGAGUUUAAAGAGCUACUGGAAAAUGAGAAGAGCAAUUUCAGACUGGUUAAUAAUGCAGUGGCUUUCCUGGGUGGAGUGCCCGCCAUGAUCAACCCAGCUGACAUGUCCAACACCAUCCCCAAUGAGAAGGUUGUGAUGUCUUACCUGUCUUUCCUGUGCGCUCGUCUCCUGGACCUGCGGAACGAAACCAGAGCAGCUCGCAUCAUACAAGGUGCCUGGAGGAAAUACAGCUUAAAGAAGGACCUGCACUUGUACAAGGUGAGAAAUGUGGCUGCUGGGAAAAUCCAGGUAGCCGUGAGGCGUUUUCUGGCACGGCGCCGGGCCGAGAAGAAAUGUGCAGCUUCCUUAAUCAUCCAAUCCGCUUGGAGAGGAUAUGUCACUCGCAAAUCACUGCGGACCGAAAAAGAGGCGGCGCUCUGGAUCAAACGGCAUCGAGCAGCAACAAUCAUCCAGGCGCAGUGGAGAAUGUUUUCCGCCAUGAAGUCUUACCAGCGGCUCCGAUACUACACGAUUGUGGUCCAAGCACAGUGGCGAAUGAAGAAGGCCGUCACCGCAUUUGGAAGAAUCUACCGGGCAACGAUUGUCAUACAAAGACAUUUAAGAGCUCGGAUUCUUGCAAGAAAACAGAGGGGACGGUAUCUCUUGCUCCUAUCUGCAGUGGUAAAAAUACAGAGAGGCUACAGACAGUGGAAAGUCCUGAAAACUCAAAAGGAAAACCAUGCAGCCAGAGUAGUGCAAGCUGUAUUCCGGAAAUGGCACGCAGAGAAAAUGACCAACCGAGCGUCUGCUGCGGUUAAGAUUCAAUCUUGGUAUCGAAUGAAGAAGUGUUUGUAUCAGUACAAAAAGUUCCAAAAAAGCAGCUUGCUCAUUCAAGCCUACUAUAGAGCUCACGUACAAAGGCGGAACUUUCAGAGACUGAAGCAACGGCACAACUCGGCCAUUGUCAUCCAGAGUGUCUUCAGAGGGUACGCUGUCAGGAAUAGGAAUAGAACAGCAUUUCUCCAGAAGAGAGUAGCCUGUGUUAUACUACAAGCUGGAUUUCGAGGCAUGAGAAUUAGGACAGAACUGAAGAAAAAGCAUAAAGCCGCAACCGUCAUUCAGUCUGCAGUUAGGAUGUUUUUACGUAGGAAACGGUACAUUCUCCUCCGAAGCGCUGCGAUUACAAUCCAGUGUCGUUACAAAGCGCUCCUCCAGUGCAGAGCUCAGCAACAUGUGUACAGGGAGCAAAAGAAAGCUGCUAUAACAAUCCAAGCAGUGUACAGAGCAUGGAGAGCAAAAGAAGAAAUGAAUAAGAGGCACCACGCCGCCAGAGUAAUCCAGGCUAAGUUCAAAAUGUACAAAGUACGGAUGGCUUACCUUGCUACGAAGUGCGCUGCGGUCAUUAUUCAGGAACGGUUCAGGGCCAAAAUCCUCAUGAAUCAACAGCGGAAAAUGUACAGAGAUAUGAAAUCUGCUGCUGUUAUCAUCCAAGCAGCAUAUCGCGGCCGCCAGGCCAGGACGGAGGUUAUGAAAAUGCACCGUGCUGCAAUGGUCAUUCAGAGAAUGUUUCACACUUUUCAGGAAAGGAACAGAUUCCUCGCCGUCAGGACGGCAGUUUUGGUGUUCCAGCAGCGUUACAGGGCAGUGACUCUGAUGAGAAAAGUCCGGACAGAUUAUCUGUCCAAGCGCGUGGCAGCCGUUUGUUUGCAGUCUGCCUUCAGAGGAUACACAGUCCGAAAGCAGUUGAUCAUCAGACAUAAAGCCGCUGUUACAAUUCAAUCCAACUUUAGGAAACGUCAACAAAAACGCUUCUACAGGAGAUUACAACGGGCCGUCGGUGUUUUGCAGGGACGUUACAGAGCCAACAAGAAAAUGAGACAUGAGAGAUUGACUUUUCGGGCCAAGAGACAUGCUGCCAUCGUCUUACAAGCUGCCUUCCGGGGAAUGCGAUCCAGACGGAUCGUCAAACAAAAGCACCAGGCAGCUGCCACUAUACAGAGAGCUUUCAGAGCCCGUUAUGAACACAAGAAGUACCUUGCUUUGAAAUCCUCAGUGCUUGCCAUGCAGCGCAGAUAUCGUACUACCUUGAGAGCCAAAGCACAAAUGCGACUUUAUCAAAACAUACGCAAGUCUGCGGUCAUCAUUCAGGCAGCAUACAGAGGGAUGCGGGCCAGAAAGAAUGUUGUUCUUUGGCAUCGUGCGGCCACGGUGAUACAGUCGGUUUUUAGGCGACACAAAGCGGAAGUUCAAUUCCAGGCCAUGCGUCUAUCAGCAGUCAUCAUCCAGACAUACUACCGAGCUUACGUCCGCCAAAAACGAGAAAGGGAAUUAUUCGUCAAAGUCAGGUCAUCAGCCAUUGUUCUGCAGGCAGCAUUUAGAGGUUAUUCUGCAAGAAGAGAAAUUGCCAAGAUGCAAAGAGCGGCUACUGUCCUCCAAGCAGCUUUCAGGAAGCAUAAGCAGCAAUCGACUUUUAGGAAGCAAUGCUGGGCUGCCUGUGUAUUGCAGCAGAGAUUCAGAGCUCUUAAGCAGAGGAACGUUGAUGUUGGAAAAUAUAAUGAAAUCAGGAAAUCUGUCGUUUGUCUACAAGCCGCCUUCCGGGGAAGGAAAGCAAGGCAAUCCGUCAGACAAAUGCAUCAGGCUGCUACCACGAUCCAGAAGGCUUUCAGAGCCCGUUGUGAACACAAGAAGUAUCUUGCCUUAAAAACAUCAGUGCUCGCCAUGCAGCGCAGAUAUCGAGCCACUGUAGCAGCUAAAUCACAACGGCAACAUUACCAAAACAUGAAAGAAGCUGUUGAGAUUAUUCAAGCAGCAUACAGAGGGAUGCGAGUCAGGAAUUGUGUUGCUCGGUGGCAUCAGGCUGCCAUUGUGAUCCAGUCUGCUUUUAGACGACACAGGGAAGAAACCAAAUUCCAGGCCAUGCGUCUCUCAGCUGUCAUCGUCCAGAGAUACUUCCGAGCUUAUAUCCUUCAGAAACAAGAUCGUAGACACUACUUCAAAGUCAGAUCUUCAACUAUUGUUCUUCAGGCAGCAUUCAGAGGUCAUUGUGCGAGAAGAAGAAUUUCUAAAAUGCACAGAGCCGCGACUGUCCUACAAGCAAACUUCAAGAGGCAUAAGCAGCAAAUGACUUUCAGGAAGCAAUGUUGGGCUGCUUCUGUCUUACAGCAGAGAUUUAGAGCUCUUAAACAGAAAAAUGUUGAGGUAACGCAUUAUCAAGAACUAAAGAAAGCUGUGAUUUCUCUGCAAGCUGCCUUCCGGGGAAUGAAGUUAAGACAAUCCAUCAGACAAAUGCAUCAGGCUGCCAUUGUGAUCCAGUCUGCUUUUAGGCGACACAGGGAAGAAAUCAAAUUCCAGGCCAUGCGUCUCUCAGCUAUUACCAUCCAGAGAUACUUCCGAGCUUAUAUCCUUCAGAAACAAGAUCGUAGACACUACUUCAAAGUCAGAUCCUCUGCUAUUGUUCUUCAGGCAGCAUUCAGAGGUCAUUGUGUGAGAAGAAGAAUUUCUAAAAUGCACAGAGCCGCGACUGUCCUACAAGCAAACUUCAAGAGGCAUAAGCAGCAAAUGACUUUCAGGAAGCAAUGUUGGGCUGCUUCUGUCUUACAGCAGAGAUUUAGAGCUCUUAAACAGAAAAAUGUUGAGGUAACGCAUUAUCAAGAAGUAAAGAAAGCUGUGAUUUCUCUGCAAGCUGCCUUCCGGGGAAUGAAGUUAAGACAAUCCAUCAGACAAAUGCAUCAGGCUGCCAUUGUGAUCCAGUCUGCUUUUAGACGACACAGGGAAGAAAUCAAAUUCCAGGCCAUGCGUCUCUCAGCUAUUACCAUCCAGAGAUACUUCCGAGCUUAUAUCCUUCAGAAACAAGAUCGUAGAUACUACUUCAAAGUCAGAUCCUCAGUUAUUGUUCUUCAGGCUGCAUUCAGAGCUUAUUCGGUGAGGAGAAGAAUUGCCCUAAUGCACAGAGCCGCGACUGUCCUACAAGCAAACUUCAAGAGGCAUAAGCAGCAAAUGACUUUCAGGAAGCAAUGUUGGGCUGUGUUUGUCUUACAGCAGAGAUUCAGAGCUUUUAAACAGAAAAAUGUUGAGGUGAAGCAUUAUCAAGAACUAAAGAAAGCUGUGAUUUCUCUGCAAGCUGCCUUCCGGGGAAUGAAGUUAAGACAAACCAUCAGACAAAUGCAUCAGGCUGCCACCACUAUCCAGAAUGCUUUCAGAGCCCACUGUGAACACAGGAAGUAUCUUGCUUUGAAAUCCUCAGUGCUUGCCAUGCAGCGCAGAUAUCGAGCCACUAUGGCAGCCAAAGCACAAAUGCAAAAUUAUCAAAACAAGAAAAAAGCUGCUGUGAUUAUUCAGGCAGCAUACAAAGGGAUGCAAGUCAGGAAUUGUGUUGCUCGGUGGCAUCAGGCUGCCAUUGUGAUCCAGUCUGCUUUUAGACGACACAGGGAAGAAACCAAAUUCCAGGCCAUGCGUCUCUCAGCUAUUAUCAUCCAGAGAUACUUCCGAGCUUAUGUCCUUCAGAAACAAGAUCGUAGACACUACUUCAAAGUCAGAUCCUCUGCUAUUGUUCUUCAGGCAGCAUUCAGAGCUUAUUCGGUGAGGAGAAGAAUUUCUAAAAUGCACAGAGCCGCGACUGUCCUACAAGCAAACUUCAAGAGGCAUAAGCAGCAAAUGACUUUCAGGAAGCAACGUUGGGCUGUGUUUGUCUUACAGCAGAGAUUUAGAGCUCUUAAACAGAAAAAUGUUGAGGUAACGCAUUAUCAAGAACUAAAGAAAGCUGUGAUUUCUCUGCAAGCUGCCUUCCGGGGAAUGAAGUUAAGACAAACCAUCAGACAAAUGCAUCAGGCUGCCAUUGUGAUCCAGUCUGCUUUUAGACGACACAGGGAAGAAAUCAAAUUCCAGGCCAUGCGUCUCUCAGCUAUUACCAUCCAGAGAUACUUCCGAGCUUAUAUCCUUCAGAAACAAGAUCGUAGACACUACUUCAAAGUCAAAUCCUCAGUUAUUGUUCUUCAGGCAGCAUUCAGAGGUCAUUGUGCGAGAAGAAGAAUUUCUAAAAUGCACAGAGCCGCGACUGUCCUACAAGCAAACUUCAAGAGGCAUAAGCAGCAAAUGACUUUCAGGAAGCAACGUUGGGCUGCCUCUGUCUUACAGCAGAGAUUUAGAGCUCUUAAACAGAAAAAUGUUGAGGUAACGCAUUAUCAAGAACUAAAGAAAGCUGUGAUUUCUCUGCAAGCUGCCUUCCGGGGAAUGAAGUUAAGACAAUCCAUCAGACAAAUGCAUCAGGCUGCCAUUGUGAUCCAGUCUGCUUUUAGACGACACAGGGAAGAAAUCAAAUUCCAGGCCAUGCGUCUCUCAGCUAUUACCAUCCAGAGAUACUUCCGAGCUUAUAUCCUUCAGAAACAAGAUCGUAGACACUACUUCAAAGUCAGAUCCUCAGUUAUGGUUCUUCAGGCAGCAUUCAGAGGUCAUUGUGCGAGAAGAAGAAUUUCUAAAAUGCACAGAGCCGCGACUGUCCUACAAGCAAACUUCAAGAGGCAUAAGCAGCAAAUGACUUUCAGGAAGCAAUGUUGGGCUGUGUCUGUCUUACAGCAGAGAUUUAGAGCUUUUAAACAGAAAAAUGUUGAGGUGAAACAUUAUCAAGAACUAAAGAAAGCUGUGAUUUCUCUGCAAGCUGCCUUCCGGGGAAUGAAGUUAAGACAAUCCAUCAGACAAAUGCAUCAGGCUGCCACCACUAUCCAGAAUGCGUUCAGAGCCCAUUGUGAACACAAGAAGUAUCUUGCUUUGAAAUCCUCAGUGCUUGCCAUGCAGCAGAGAUAUCGAGCCACUGUGGCAGCCAAAGCACAAAUGCAAAAUUACCAAAACAAGAAAAAAGCUGUUGGAAUUAUUCAGGCAGCAUACAAAGGGAUGCAAGUCAGGAAUUGUGUUGCUCGGUGGCAUGAAGCUGCAAUUGUGAUCCAGUCUGCUUUUAGACGACACAGGGAAGAAACCAAAUUCCAGGCCAUGCGUCUCUCAGCUAUUAUCAUCCAGAGAUACUUCCGAGCUUAUAUCCUUCAGAAACAAGAUCGUAGACACUACUUCAAAGUCAGAUCCUCAACUAUUGUUCUUCAGGCCGCAUUCAGAGGUCAUUGUGCGAGAAGAAGAAUUUCUAAAAUGCACAGAGCCGCGACUGUCCUACAAGCAAACUUCAAGAGGCAUAAGCAGCAAAUGACUUUCAGGAAGCAACGUUGGGCUGCCUCUGUCUUGCAGCAGAGAUUUAGAGCUUUUAAACAGAAAAACAUUGAGUUGAAGCGUUAUCAAGAAGUCAAAAAAGCUGUGAUUUCUCUGCAAGCUGCCUUCCGGGGAAUGAAAUCAAGACAGUCCGUCAAACUGAUGCAUCAGGCGGCCACCACUAUCCAGACCGCUUUUAGAGCUCAUCGUGAAAUGGAAAAAUAUUUGAGAAUAAAAUCCUCUGUACUAACAAUUCAGCGACAAUUUCAAGCCACUGUAGCAGCCAAAGUUCAAAGGAAACGAUUCUUGGACACACGCCGCGCGGCUAUUGUCUUUCAGGCAACAUACAGAGGCCAGCAUGCUCGGAAGCAUCUGGCUCAUUUGCACUGGGCUGCAACAAUAAUCCAGACCGCAUACAGGAAGCAUGUAGCGCUGGUCAAAUUCCAGGAAAUGCGUGCGUCUGCUGUAGUUAUCCAGAGAUUCUACCGGGCCUUCAAUGAUCAAAGGCAAGAAAGAAACAAUUUCCUGAAAAUCCUACAAUCCACUGUUAUUAUUCAGGCUGCUUUCAAAGGCUACAGCGUGAGGAGGCACAUACAUCGACAAAGCCAAGCUGCCAGUUUCAUCCAGUCGUAUUGGAGGUGCUUCAUCCAGAGGCGCGUCUUUUUGAAGAAAAGAGAAGCAGCUGUGAAAUUGCAACAGAAAAUUCGAGCAAUGCAGCUUGGAAAGCUGGACAGGAACAAGUAUGUCCGGAUAAGGCAGGCGGCAAUCACACUUCAGACCCGAUACAGAGCUUGGACUGCACAAAAGCUGAAACUUGAGGCUGCCAAUGUACACAGAAGACUUUGUUUCGCUGCGGCUGUCUACCACCAUCUCAGUGCCAUCAAAAUCCAAAGAGCUCUGCGAGCACACUGGGCCUUGGAGUCGGCGAAGAGACAGAUCCAUAUUAUCAUCGCCAUACAACGUUGGGUGCGAGUGAAACAGCAAAAAAGACGCUAUCUGGAAGACCGAAGGAAAGUAGUCACCGCCCAGAGAGCAGUCAGGCGUUGGUUAACUCGUCGCCACAAGGCUGCGUCUGUCAUCCAGGAUGCUACACGCAGGUUUCUCCUUCUCAGGCGCCAGAGGAGAAGAGAACGGGGAAUUGUCAAAGCACAGGCUCUUUGGAGAGGACACUGCUCCCGCCGCUUAAAUGACAAUGACAAAAUAAUCAAGUUGAGGCAGAACUUGCGUAAAGUCUCACUUAGUGCCCGAGAAGAGGACAAAUUGUGCAACAAGACCUUCUCCGCCUUGGACUGUAUCCUUCGAUACAAACACUUCUCCCACAUCCUCAAGGCACUGGAAAACCUAGAGGCCACGACCAGGUUGUCACCUGUGUGCUGUGAGCAGCUGGUAGACCGUGGCGCCACCUGUGUCAUCUUCACGCUCAUACGAAGCUGCAACAGGAGCGUGUCCUGCAUGGAUGUCAUCAGCUUCUCCAUCCAGAUCCUACUCAACCUCGCUAAGUACCACAAAACCAUUGAAGCGGUGUAUUCGGUGGACAACUCGGUGGACACGCUGGGGGACCUGCUGCUGCGCUACAGAGGGAAAGCGGGAGACAAAGUGGCGGACAAAGGUGGCAGCAUCUUCACCAAGGCCAGCUUCCUGUUGCUUCUGCUCCUGCAAGACAAAAAACAUGUCGGGGAGGUCAUGAAUAAUCCAAAGAUGAUGGAUCGCUUGAGAGGCAUUUAUCGCCUCACCGUCCACAAGCACAAGGUGGAUGCCGAAAGAAGUGUUACGAAACAGAAGAUGAAUGCAUCAAUCAACGGAAGUUUCUACGUCCAACAGACGCCACGUAAAUCCCGCCCCGUGCCAAAGUUUGCACCAGACUGGGUUCUCAGGAAGGAUGCGAUUAAAGACAUAGUGGAUCCUCUCAUGGCCAUUCAGAUGGUGGCUAACACGCUGUUCAUCUCCUUGUAAAAAAGUUUUUACAUCAUUACGUCGCCGUUGCUUUUAUUUGUAUAUAUUAAAUUCAUUUCUAUCGUCAA